ACUGGUGAGAAUCGGUAACAGUUUCAACGACGCAUCCCGCUUAGGAAUAGCUUGUCGUAUGUUGCUCUCUAAAAGGGCAAUGAUACGAUGAAUACUAUCAGGUGUUUUGUGUUUGUGUUUGCAGUUGCGAGUAACUCAUUUACUUCUGCAUAUGAUGAAUGUAACGAACCACUUUUGGACAGAGCUCACUUAACAGCCACAACAUCAUUGCCUAACAGGAAUCCAAAGAAUGCUAGACUCAAUGGCGGAAACGCAUGGACGGCUAGCAGCUCAGACUUUGGUCAGUACCUUAUUGUCGACCUGGGUCAAGUAAUGAACGUCACCGCUGCGGCGACCCAGGGACGAGCAGUACAAAAUGAGUAUGUUAUGGAAUAUGGUAUCAGUUAUGGUACAAAUGGCCUGGACUACGUUGAUUUCAAAGAAGAAGAUGGUAAUGUUAAGAUGUUUAAGGGUAACAUAGAUGGUGAUACUAUAAAACUUAAUAAAUUCGAAGUCCCGAUUAUUGCACAAUGGAUUAGAAUAAACCCAACCCGAUGGCGGGAUAGAAUAUCGUUAAGACUAGAACUAUAUGGAUGUGGCUAUGUGUCCAACGUCCUUUCCUUCAAUGGUUCAUCUCUUUUACGAUAUGAUUUAUUAAGAGAACCAAUAGAAACUGAUAGACAUUUUAUACGCUUCCGGUUUAAAACAAAUAAUGCCGAUGGUAUUUUAAUGUACUCUCGCGGAACACAAGGAGAUUACAUAGCUUUGCAAUUAAGAGAUAAUAGAAUGAUAUUGAAUAUUGAUCUUGGAUCUGGUAUUAUGUCAAGUUUUUCCGUCGGUAGCCUUUUAGAUGACAAUAUGUGGCAUGAUGUUCUGAUAUCGCGUAACAGGAAAAAUAUUUCAUUCUCUGUAGAUAGAGUAUUAAUUAAGGGAAGAAUAAAAGGAGAGUUUCAUAGACUGGAUUUAAAUAGAGCACUUUAUAUAGGUGGUGUACCUAACAAACAAGAUGGAUUAGUAGUCAAUCAAAAUUUUACAGGGUGUAUAGAAAACUUUUAUUUAAAUGCAACUAGUAUUAUUCAAGAUUUAAAGGAAACAGAAGUUACUGGCGAAAAUCUGAGAUAUUACAAAGUGAAUACGCUUUAUAACUGUCCAGAACCACCUAUAAUCCCAGUCACAUUUUUAACUCAUGGCUCGUAUGCCAGGCUUAAAGGAUAUGAAGGAAUAUCUUCAUUGAACGCUUCUCUCACGUUUCGUACGUACGAAGAUAGGGGAAUUAUUUUGUAUCAUCAAUUUACCUCUCCGGGUUACGUAAAGCUAUUUUUAGAAGAUGGUAAGUUAAAAGUUGAUGUUCAAACGAAAGGAAGCCCUCAAGUAAUUUUGGACAACUUUGAUGAAAAGUUUAAUGAUGGCAAAUGGCACCAGGUUAUUUUAACAAUUUCGAAAAAUAGCCUUGUUUUAAACGUUGAUAGAACGCCUAUGAGAACCAAACGUAUGUUAGAAAUAAUUACGGGACCGGUUUAUAUGAUCGGUGGAAUGAUAGGAAUAGAGAGCAACCGCGGUUUUGUUGGUUGUAUGCGAAUGAUUAGUAUUGAUGGCAAUUACAAGUUACCAACUGAUUGGAAGGUGGAGGAAUAUUGUUGUAAAAACGAAAUUGUUUUCGAUGCAUGUCAAAUGAUGGAUCGUUGUAAUCCAAAUCCAUGCAAACAUUCUGGCGUGUGCCGUCAAAAUUCUGAUGAAUUCUUCUGUGAUUGUGCCAAUACAGGAUAUACAGGAGCAGUGUGCCACACUUCUUUGAAUCCUCUUUCAUGUGAAGCAUAUAAGAAUAUAAACUCAGUUAAUCAACGAGCAGAUAUCAAAAUAGAUGUUGAUGGGAGUGGGCCUUUGAAACCAUUUCCGGUAGUUUGCGAAUUUUAUACAGAUGGACGUGUAAUAACUAUAUUGCGACAUAAUAAUGAACGUAUGACACCUGUGGAUGGGUUCCAAGAACCAGGUAGCUUUGUUCAAGAUAUUAUAUACGAUGCAGACAUGGACCAAAUCGAAGCUUUUCUUAAUCGAUCUACGAAUUGUAGACAAAGAAUUAGUUACGAAUGCGCACAUUCUAAGUUGUUCAAUUCUCCGGUACCACAAGCAGAUAAUUUCAGACCAAAUUCAUGGUGGGUCAGUAGAAAUAAUCAAAAAAUGGAUUACUGGGGCGGCGCAUUACCAGGUUCACGUAAAUGCGAAUGUGGUAUACUUGGAAAUUGCGCGGAUCCUACUAAAUGGUGCAAUUGUGAUUCUGAUUUGGAUGGUUUCCUCGAAGAUAGUGGAGAUAUCACUGAGAAAGAGUAUCUCCCAGUUAAACAAUUACGAUUCGGUGACACUGGUACACCAGUUGACGAAAAAGAAGGUCGAUAUACACUUGGACCUCUUAUUUGCGAGGGAGACGAUUUAUUCAAGAAUGUCAUAACAUUCCGCAUUGUUGAUGCUACCAUCAACCUACCAACCUUUGAUAUUGGUCAUAGCGGUGAUAUUUAUUUUGAAUUCAAAACGACCAUUGAAAAUGCUGUUAUAAUCCAUAGCAAAGGUCCCACAGAUUACAUAAAGAUCUCUAUAAAUAGUGGAAAUCAAAUUCAGUUCCAAUAUUUAGCUGGUGGUGGUCCACUUACUGUCAGUGUACAAACCUCAUACAGAUUAGCCGAUAAUCGAUGGCAUUCCGUAUCAGUUGAAAGGAAUCGUAAAGAAGCUAGAAUUGUAGUCGACGGUGCAUUAAAGAACGAAGUAAGGGAACCACCAGGACCAGUGCGAGCACUCCAUCUCACUUCAGAAUUUGUAGUUGGUGCCUCAACAGAUUAUAGAGAUGGUUAUGUGGGAUGCAUCAGAGCAUUCCUUUUGAAUGGUCAAUUGCAGGAUUUGAGAAGUUAUGCUCGUCAAGGUUUAUAUGGAAUUUCUGAAGGAUGCAUGGGUAAAUGUGAGAGUAAUCCGUGCCUUAAUAAUGGCACAUGUCACGAAAGAUAUGAUGGAUAUUCUUGCGAUUGUCGAUGGACUGCAUUUAAAGGUCCAAUUUGUGCAGAUGAAAUUGGUGUAAAUAUGCGUCCAAGUUCUUUGAUAAAGUACGAUUUCAUGGGUAGUUGGCGUUCGACGAUCUCUGAAAAAAUCAGAGUUGGUUUUAUAACGACAAAUCCUAAAGGAUUUUUGCUUGGUUUAUUUUCAAAUAUCUCUGGAGAAUAUAUGACAAUUAUGGUCUCAAACAGUGGCCAUUUACGUGUUGUUUUCGAUUUUGGUUUUGAACGACAAGAAGUCAUUUUUCCCAAUAAACAUUUUGGUUUAGGGCAGUAUCAUGAUGUCAGAAUAAGCAGAAAGAAUUCAGGAGCAACACUCGUGUUACAAGUUGAUAAUUACGAACCGAAAGAGUUUUAUUUCAACAUUAAAACUUCUGCCGAUGCACAAUUUAAUAAUAUUCAAUAUAUGUAUAUUGGAAGAAAUGAAUCCAUGACAGAAGGUUUUGCUGGCUGCAUAUCUAGAGUAGAAUUUGACGAUAUUUAUCCUCUGAAAUUACUAUUUCAAGAAGAUGGACCUGGAAAUGUUCGUUCCGUCGGAACUCCACUCACAGAAGAUUUCUGUGGUGUAGAACCGAUUACACAUCCACCGGAUAUUAUAGAAACUCGUCCACCACCACAGGUGGACGAAGAAAAAGUUCGAGCUGCAUACAACGAAACCGAUACCGCAAUUUUAGGAAGCGUAUUAGCUGUUAUUAUUAUAGCAUUAGUUAUAAUGGCGGUACUUAUAGGAAGAUACAUGUCGAGACAUAAAGGUGAAUAUUUAACACAAGAAGAUAAGGGUGCUGAAAUAGCAUUGGAUCCUGAUUCAGCAGUAGUUAAUUCUGCCACUGGCCAUCAAGUUCAAAAGAAAAAAGAAUGGUUUAUUUAAGUAUGAAAUUAAAUAUAUCGCUAUGUCAA